GGCUCAGCGUCCACGUCCUAGGGUUGAAAGCCCAGUGAUUGGCCAAGUGUGCGCACGUCCGGCAGAUCCCCGCUCCUCCUUUCUCUCUCCUCUCGUUGACCACUACCCCUGCAGUUGCGCUUGAAAUACCCCGCCCACCCCGCCCGAGACUCCACUCACGCUCGGUUUUACCUUUCAUGCACUUCACCAUUGCCGCGAUUCACUUCCUUUCGUCAGUUCAGCAAAGUGAAGACAGCCGUUUUCUCCUUUAUUGGUUUCGGAACGUAGAUGCUGCGGUUUGGAGGGUUCGACGUUGGCCGUUGCCCCUCGGCGGCAUUUGCCGCGUCUGAUACCGUCCUCGUUGUGGUUGACGUGGUCAUUGCUGCUAUCGCUUUUUUCCAGUUGUUGAGGAUUCACAACAGAAGUCUGGGUUGGACCCGCCAAAAGGUUUUCCAUCUCAUGAUCGGCUCAUACAAUGUUGGGUACGCCAUAUAUUUUAUAUGUUCUCUUGUGGCUACUUGUCAAAGAUGGAGAUUCUGGUCAAAUGGUUGGGGAUUUAUCCUCAUGGCUUGCCCUCAGAUUUUUCUUCUAGCCACAUUUCUUCUGCUUCUAUCAUUCUGGACCGAUCUCUGCCAUCAGGCUAGUGAUGAUGAGGAAGAAGAUGAUGAUACAAAUUUGUCUCAAUCUUUAUUGGAGAAAUCAAACACUCAUCCUCAUUUAGGUCAUUUUCAAAUAAGAUGUUGCUCAUUCGCUAAAAUACGCAUGGGUAGUCGACAGAAGUACGUCAUCUUGGUGAUUGUGCUUACAUUUCUCUUUAUGGUUGCCAUGGCUCUGCUUAUAUGGUUUGGAAGAGGCAAAAAUCCUAUCGACUCUUCACUCAUGCCCAAGGUCUAUCUAGAUGUUUUCUCUGCAUUUAUUAUCAUAUUGGGAGUAGCUCUGGCAAUCUAUGGAGGCAUACUAUUCUCAAAAAUGCGCAGAGUACGGUCAGAGAUGACCUCAAGUGAAAAGUGGAAGGUUGCAAGUUUGGCUUCUGUUUCUCUUGUAUGUUUCACAUCAAGCUCAGCACUUGCCCUUACUACAAGCGUCCCUAUGCUUUCUUUUGACCAUAAUGAGAAUUUUGGCGGCGUAAAGGGUUCAGUGUUUGCAUGCUUGUACUUUAUUGUGGGUUCUUCAAUUCCAUCCGCUUAUGUGUUAUGGUCGAUGAGAGAAAUACCUUAUCGCCAUAUUGCUGAGGAACCACCUCCUUCAACAAUUAUAACCAUCAUGAGCGACAGCCCAACGGCUCCACCUAAUCCUCAAUGGAGAACAGCCGUUACUAACUCUCAAAAUCGGGCCUUGAAAGUAAGUCCCAUAUAGAAAGAUCAUUUUUCAAAGGAAGAAAAUGCAACUAAUCUCACAUGCAAAUAGGCGCUGAACCAGUUUUGUAAAGUUGGAGAUGAAGGUAGAGCAUUCCUUGCGUAUUGAAAAUUCCCUGCAGAGUUUGCUCUUCCGAUGCUUACAAGUACUUACAAUUGUGUAGUUAAUUACGCUUGUAACAUCACCCUUCUGAAACCAUGCUUACUGAUUGAUUUAUCCUCUCAUGUUUCAAUUGCUUCUUUGGUAUAGUUAGAAUAAUUCUACUACGAUAGUCUUUGCUUUUACUCCUUCAAAUAAUGUGGGGAAUGUAUGUUGCAUUGGUCUUGAAAAUACUGUAAAGAAAAUAAGUCUAUGAUGGAUCUAAAAUCGUGGAAAAACAGUUUAAAAAAUCAGUUGAGCUAAAUAGCUUUAAUUUAUGAAAUUAUGUAUAAACCAAUAUUAUAAA